AUGGACAAAACCGGUGAAAUGCCUACCAUCACCCCCCUCCUAUCAAACUGGUCAUUCAAGCAAGGAGGCUUGGACUCGGCAUCAGAAUAUCUUCCAGCAAACACUCUACCAACCGAAAUCCACCGUGACCUCUUGAAAAACAACAAGAUAGCGGAUCCUUUUCUCGACCUGAACGAACUGUCCGUCCACUGGGUAACUGACGAACAAUGGACUUAUCGAACCGUCUUCCGUUCACCUUCUGAAACACCACAAAGUUUUAAAACCGUCCUGGUUUUCGAAGGAUUAGAUACCUAUGCCUCAGUUUAUCUCAACGCCCAACUCAUCUUGACAAGUGAGAACAUGUUCCUGUCGCAUCGGGUAGAUGUAACCGAAAUUCUCACGAAAAACAACGAUCGUUCAGAGAAUAUCCUAGAAAUCGUCUUCGAUUCACCAAAGAAGAGAGGAAUGGAAUUGAUCAAGGAACACCCUGAGCACAAAUUCAUCGUGCAUCAAACAGACAUGUCGCGCGCGCCGGUGAGAAAAGCUCAAUAUCACUGGGGCUGGGACUGGGGACCCCGUCUGUUGGGUUGUGGAAUUUGGAAGCCGAUUUUUUUGGAGACUUAUGAGGUGCGGAUCGAGGAUUUGUGGGUGGAGUAUGAACUAAGCGAGGACCUGAAGAGCGCCAAGGGGACAGUGUUUUUUCGCUUAGAUGAGGAUGCAGAGGUUGUGAUUGAGCUCCGGAAAAAAGGGAGCGGAGAACAGAAGGAGGAAAUUGUUAUGAGAUGUCAGAACUUUGGCGUCAGUGGUCUCAACAAACAGUCCUUUGAAAUUCCGGUUAAGCUAUGGUGGCCUCGUGGUUAUGGUUCAAAAUCGCUUUAUACCGUCACCGCAACACUUGGAUCGACCUCUGGUCACACAUUGGAAAAGACCUUUGGUUUCCGCAAAGUUGAGCUCAUCCAGCAAGCGGACUCCAUAGGAACCUCGUUCUACUUCCGGAUCAACAACGUAGAUAUCUUCGCAGGCGGCUCAUGUUGGAUACCAGCCGACUCAUUUCUCACACAAAUCUCCCCAGAAAGAUACAGAAACUGGGUUAAACUCGCCGCGGAAGGAAAUCAAAUCAUGCUUCGCAUCUGGGGUGGAGGUGUUUAUGAACACCACGCUUUCUACGAAGCCUGCGACGAGUUCGGAAUCCUGGUAUGGCAAGACUUCAUGUUCGCCUGCGCAAACUAUCCCACAUAUCCCGAACUCCUGAAGUCCGUAGAAGAAGAAGUUAGUCAAAACGCACGUCGAUUAAGACAUCACCCAUCGAUCGUGAUCUGGGCCGGGAAUAACGAAGACUAUCAAAUAGUGGAGCGAUAUGGACUUGAAUAUCGGUAUAAAGAAGAUAAGGAGCCAGAAUCAUGGCUGAAAACUGACUUUCCGGCUCGGUAUAUUUAUGAAUAUCUUCUCCCGAAAGUGGUAUCGGAAGAAAUCAAUGGUGUCCCAUACCACCCCAGUUCUCCUUUCGGAAACGGUACAAGCACGGUAUUGAAGGUCGAUCAGACAGUAGGGGAUGUUCAUCAAUGGAAUGUCUGGCAUGGUGAGAUGAAACCAUAUCAAGUUCUCCCUCAAAUGGGGGGUCGGUUUGUUUCCGAAUUUGGUAUGGAAGGUUAUCCCCAUUUGGAAACGAUCCAGAAGUGCAUUUCCAAAGAAGAAGACAGAUACCCGGGAUCGAUGGCAACGGAUUUCAGGAAUAAGGCAAUGGGCCAUGAACGUCGUCUUAUCUCAUAUGUAGCCGAGAACUUUCGGGUUCGAUAUGACCUUCCAAGUUUCACAUAUCUUUCCCAAGUGAUGCAGGCAGAUGCAAUGAGUUGGGCAUACAAAUCGUGGCGAAGGAACUGGGGAAAGAAGGGAGGGAGGAAAUGCGGCGGAGUCUUGGUGUGGCAGUUUAAUGAUUGUUGGCCUACGAUAUCGUGGGCUGUGGUUGAUCAUUUUCUCGUUCCUAAGCCGGCUUAUUAUGCGAUUAAGAGGGCAAUGGCUCCGGUAGUCAUUGGCGUGACGAGGAAGUUUCAUGACUGGACCAUGAGACCAGCGGACGACCUUUGGAAGAGAGAUACAGGCCACAUUGAUAUGCGGCCACUGCGGGAAGAUAUUGAAUUUGAUGUUUGGGUUGCGAGUAAUGAGCAGGAAAAGAUGGAUGGGAAAGUGGUAAUCAGGUUCAUAUCUAUUCGCAGUGGAAAGGAAAUCCUCCCAGCUCUCGAGGAAAACACGAUUGUCGAACCGAAUGGAACAACGGAAAUUGUCCGUGGGAAGAAGAUCGAUUUGCCAGUUGAAUCGGGCGGUGUAUUCGAUACCACGAAGCCCGAUCCCUUCAUUAUCACAGCCAAGCUGACCGUGAAGAAUCAAGAUAUCGCCACUGACAUUUCGUGGCCAGAUCCUAUCAAGUACCUUAGUUUUAGCGAUCGUGGGGUCGAGGUCAAGUAUUCUGAGGACCAGUCUCUUGUCUCGAUCUCAGCCAAUAAGCCCGUUAAGGGAUUUGUUUUUAGUGAGAAACAAGGGGUGGAGCUGAGUGAUAAUGGGUUUGAUCUGGUACCAGGAGAAACGAGGGAAGUCACAUUGAAAGGAAAACCUUCCGAGGAAUUGGAAUGGGCACAUAUCAGGGACUGA